UUGAUUUCAUUAUUCAGUCUCAUCAUCCUAAUGUCGAGCCUACUGCUAAUCUUAUUAUCGUGGCAAGCCACAUUGUUAUAUGGCCAUCCCCAUCACACUCAUGGGGUCCAUAUAGUCAAGAGCGAUGGGGACCCCGGUGAGCCUCUGUUUUUGACACCAUUCAUCGAGAAGGGCGACAUCAAGAAAGCCAGACACCUAGCUAGAGUCAACCUCAACGACAGUUUAUCAAUCGAGAGCUACACGGGAUUCUUUACCGUCAAUAAGGCUUACAACUCCAACCAGUUCUUCUGGUAUUUUCCAAGCAUGUUCCCAGACAGGGAUCAAGCCCCAGUACUUGUGUGGCUUCAGGGUGGCCCGGGCGGAUCUUCGCUGUUCGGCUUAUUCUGCGAAAACGGCCCCAUCGCAGAACAAAACGGCCAAUUUGUACCCAGACAAUAUCACUGGGCUCUGAAUCACCACGUAAUCUACAUCGACAACCCCGUGGGCGCGGGUUUCAGCUUCACAAACGACUCUAUGGGAUACUGCACAGACGAAACGCAAGUCGGCGAACAACUCUAUUCCACCAUCACUCAAUUCUUCCAACUCUUCCCGGAGCUGCAGAAAAACGAUUUCUUCAUUACUGGCGAAUCCUACGCAGGAAAAUACGUCCCGGCUUUCGCUCACACGAUCCACAAAAAUAACCCCAAGGCGAAGACUAAAAUAAACCUUAAAGGGCUCAUUGUUGGCGGUGCUUAUAUAAAUCCUGACAGUCAGAAUCAUUUUAGAUUAGAUUCCGAAGCCAACCUAAAUCUUAUGAAAUUGGAGAAAUGUGAUCCGUAUCGAGAAGGUGGUGAUAAAUAUGUUUCGGUGUUAAAUAAAAGCGAAGUUCGGAAAGCUAUUCAUGUUGGAGCAUUAUCAUAUGACGAGCUUAGUACGACAGUACACGAAUAUUUGAGUGAAGACAUGGACCGGUCUAUGGCGCCUUGGUUGUCGGAAUUACUAGACCACUAUCCGGUGACCCUUUACGGCGGAGAAGAUGAUCAUACAGUAUCUUACGCCGGAAUAGUUGAUUUUUUAAGAAAUCACUUUAAUUUUACGGGAGAAGAUGAAUACCAGUCAGCGAAGCGGUACUCAUGGAGGGUAGAUGGUGAGUUAGCUGGAUGUGUGAGGAGUGCGCGUCUUCUGAAGGACAUUUAUGUGCUAAAAGCUACCCAUUUCGUGCCUGCAGACCAGCCCAAACGUGCCUGGGAUAUGAUCACGCGACUCACUCGUGGAAAAGGUUUUGAUAAGAAAGAAAUCUGCCCAGUGUAGCUACCGUUAGCUUUUAAGAUAUUUGCCGGCCUAGCCAGUGUGACAACGAAACGCUGCGGUUUUCUUUAUCACUCUUCCAAUUUAGUGUGACAGUGACAGUUGCGUUUCGAUCGCUACGGAGCGUAAGCGAUUUGCAUUUUGGCUACGCGGCCUGACAUUGUAAUAACUAAUUACUUAUUUAGGUUGAAGGAACUAAUUACCUGUAUAAAUAAAUGAAUCCUAUCUAACUUCA